CCCCUUGUAUAUAUACCGAUCUCCAUUAAACCUCCCCUUCCCGUUUUUAACGCUCCUUCUCCACUCCCUCUUCCCCCCCUUUCCAUUGCUUUCUUCGCUUCCCCUUUUGUCCUCUACCUUCCCUUGCCAACAGAGCAAUCUUCCAUUUCCUUGGAUUUCUUGUCGAGGUAACAUGGAGCUGACAUCCAAGGGCAAUCACCAGGCCGCGGCGGAGAAGCUCGCCGGCGCAGACGAGCUGCUGCCCAACAUGGAAACCGGAGCGAAAAACUGCAACGGACCCGCCGACGUAUCCGAUCGUGGCAGUCAGGAAGAUGGGUUCUCUGAGGUGGUAGUCGGGCAAGAGAUGGAUAACCGGGAUGAUCGGCGGGAGGAAGAGACCGUCGCCGUAGGUGUGCCGAAGGCGGCCGGCGAGCAGCAGCAGAGGAUCACCGUGAUGCAGCCCCAUUCACUGCUCCCAAAGCCGGAGGCGCCACGGGGAUUCUUUACCGCUCCGCAGCCGGACGACGAUGCGGCGAUGAACCGGUCGCAGUCCCUGACGGAUAGCCUGGCUGUGGACAUGCCAGCGAUCGGGAAGUACAUCAGGGACCGAAGCAACAGCUUCUCCGCAGCGAUCGUGAGGAGGCUGUCGUCCCUCAAGGACGGGAGCGGCGACGAGUACGAGCCCGAUUCGAAGCCCGACGUAACGGAGAUCAACCUCUCCGGACUGAAGGUGAUCGUGAAGCUGAAGACGGAGCCGGAGAAGGAGCUGAAGGGGAGGAUCAGCUUCUUCUCGAAGUCGGGGUGCAGGGACUGCAGGGCGGUGCGGAGCUUCUUCCGGGAGAGGGGUCUGAGGUUCGUGGAGAUCAACGUGGACGUGUACCCCCUCAGGGAGAAGGAGCUCGUGGCGAGGACUGGGAGCUCGGCGGUGCCGGCGAUAUUCUUCAACGAGAAGCUACUAGGGGGGCUGGUGGCGCUCAACUCGCUGAGGAACUGCGGGUUGCUGGAGCGGCGGAUGGAGGAGAUGCUGGGGGGCAAGUGCCCGCCGGAGGCGCCAGCGGUGCCCGUGUACGGGUUCGACGACCCGGAGGAGGAGGCGAAGGACGGGGCGGUGGCGGUGGUGAGGGUGCUGAGGCAGAGGCUGCCGAUACAGGACCGGCUGAUGAAGAUGAAGAUCGUGAAGAACUGCUUCGCCGGAGCGGAGAUGGUGGAGGCCCUCAUCCACCACUUCGACUGCGGGAGGAAGAAGGCUAUAGAGAUCGGGAGGCAGUUAGCGAAGAAGCACUUCAUACAUCACGUUUUUGGGGAGAACGAUUUUGAAGAUGGGAACCACUUCUAUCGUUUCCUCGAACAUGAACCCUUCAUUCCUCGGUGCUUCAAUUUCCGAGGAUCUACCAACGACAACGAGCCCAAGUCUGCAGCUCUAAUUGGUUUGAAAAUUACAAAGAUAAUGACCGCCAUAUUGGAGUCCUACGCUUCAGAUAACAGGCAGCAUCUUGAUUAUGCAGCGAUAAGCAAGAGCGAAGAAUUCCGUAGAUAUGUGAAUCUGUCUCAAGAGCUUCAUCGGGUGGACCUAACUACACUCUCACAAGAGGAAAGGCUGGCCUUCUUCUUGAACUUGUAUAACUCGAUGGUCAUUCAUGCGGUUAUCAGAGUAGGGCUUCCCGGAGGCAUCAUUGACCGUAGAUCCUUCUACUCUGACUUCCAAUAUGUUGUUGGAGGGCACCCCUACUCCCUUACAACGAUAAUAAAUGGAAUAUUAAGGAACAACCGAAGACCCCCUUACUCAUUGGUCAAGCCCUUCAGCAAUGGAGAUCCGCGCUUAGAGCUGACGCUUCCUAAGGUGAAUCCUUUAAUACAUUUCGGUCUCUGCAAUGGGACCAGAUCGAGUCCACCGGUAAGGUUCUUCUCACCCCAGGGAGUUGUAGCUGAACUUAGAUCUGCUGCAAGAGAGUUCUUCCAAUCCGAUGGAAUGGAUGUGCAAUUGGAUAGGAGGACAGUUAAACUCACUCGAAUCAUCAAGUGGUAUAGUUCCGAUUUCGGGCAGGAGAAGGAAAUCCUGCGGUGGGUCCUCAACUACUUGGAUGCAACAAAAGCGGGUCUCCUUACACACCUCCUAAGCGAUGGCGGCCCUGUUAGCAUAGUGUACCAAGACUAUGAUUGGUCUGUAAAUUCCUAAGUUUUUCCCGACAAAUUGCUUCCAUUUCCUUCACAACCAGAAGGAAAAAGGAGAAUACAAAGAAUGUGCAAAUAGGUGUGUGUAUAUGUCUAAAAUUUUCCGGAAACUUUAGUACCCUCCAUGAGAUGUACUCGAGCACUUGGGAGACUGUCUCGGGUUGAACACGAACACCCUUUGUCAAACUGAAGUAUGUUAUAUGCUUCCCGGUUGCGUGGUCCCAUCUGAAAAGUGUCGAGUCAUUCUGUAUUUGUUCGUGUGGCAAAGCAAGUGAAAUAAAGUAGUUCUUCAGAAAAAUGGUAAAAUUUGCC